AUGCCACUGACCGACUACGAUCCUAGCAACAACAUGUACUCCGAACAGGAUAAGAUUAAAACUUGGACUCCGAGAAAAACUAUGAAGAGAGAUGCUGAGAAGCUAUCGGACUAUGAAGAGGACUCGUUUGACGUCGUACCAGCAACACCAAAGAAGGAUCAUGCCGCAAUGAUGGCUGCUAAAAUGGCUGCCGUCGCAAUUGAGAGAACGCUUGCGAAGAAAAAACGUUUUAUCAAAAAGGAUGACACAGUUGGAAGCAAUUUGGUAAAGAAUCUCGCUUUUUUUUUUUUUUGGUCUUACAGUUCAAUACUUUCUUUUGAGAGCUGGAUGCAAGAACAGGCUAAGAAAUGGGAAUUUCCAUCAGAAGAGGACAGCGUCAUGUUACCAUCCCGCAUCUUCAAAACCUGGGCUGAUGCUCCGCUACCAAUCUACAUGUGCUACGACUGUACCAAACACAACUCGACACAACCGGCUGUUGAUGUCGGUGGAGGCCGUUUCCAACUGCGUGAGCUUCGAUUAUGAGAAAAAUAAUUAUUAGUUUUCUUAUUUUCAGCGAUGGCGCUCUGCAACAUCUGUCGCCACCAUCUCAUGCUUCAAACCAGCAAGAAGUUUUGGAACUUCGACCUCCCACUGUUCAAAAGAAAGAACCAACACUGA